CAGCCGGCAUUCAAGGAAAUGGCGUCGAGCGAGGAGCUUGCCGUGGUUACGAAUCAGCUGUUAGAAAACGGGUCGUCUAGAUUCUUAGACGUCUCGGAUAUACUUCUAAAAUUUGCCAAUAACAUUAUAAGGAAUCCCAAUGUGGAGAAGUACCGUUCCAUCCGCCUGGGAAACAAGAUCUUUGAGAGUCGUGUCCUUCCAGUGUCUGGUGCCGUAGAAUGCCUGUUUCUCAUGGGAUUUGAAGAGAAUGAUGACCAUUUGGUGUUUCCCAAGCAUGCCCCUCUGACCGACCUGACCCUGCUGCAGGGUCGACUGGCCAGGGAACGACUGCGGCUCAUGGCUCAAGAAAUCAAAGGCCUAACCACUUGGAAUAUUCAGGCAUUAGAGCUGACCUUUCAUCAGCGGCUUCAGAGUAGUGCCGAUCACGUUCUCAUUUAUGAGGACCCCAUCCUGCAGCAGAAGGCUAGAGACUGUAUGGUACUCUCAGAGCUCCUUGUCAAAGCACAGGAGAAACUUCAACAGCAGACUCAGAACGGAUCGGGAGAGGACGACUUCACCAUCCCUCUAGACCAGCGAGACUAUCUCCUCCUUGAACUCCUCAAGUGGUUCAAGACAAGCUUCUUCAAGUGGAUGGACAGCCCGUCCUGCGAGACAUGCAGUGUGCGCAUGAGGAGCGUGGGUUUAGUAGAGCCUAACGCGGAGGACCGACGGUGGGGUGCUGGCAGGGUGGAGGGGUUCACCUGCACACGGUGCAAUAGACCAGGACGGUUCCCUAGGUACAACCACCCGGGCAAGCUGUUGGAGACUAGGAAGGGCCGGUGCGGUGAGUGGGCCAACUGCUUCACACUGUGUUGUAGAGCGGCUGGAUUUGAGGCUAGGCAUGUGGUAGACUGGACAGAUCAUGUAUGGACGGAGGUCUACUCUAAUUCCCAACAGCGAUGGCUUCACGCCGACCCUUGUGAGAAUGUCUGUGAUAAGCCCCUACUCUAUGAGAGAGGAUGGUCCAAGAAGCUAUCCUACCUCAUUGCCUUCUCCAACGAAGAGGUUGUGGAUGUUAGCUGGAGAUACACAGCCAAUCCCAAAGAGCUCCUGGGAAGGAGGAAAGAAUGCAGAGAAGAAUGGCUGAUGGACUCCAUAGCAACCAUGAAUAAAGAGAGACAGCGUCGCCUCACAGCAGAACGCAGAGCCGUCCUAGACCAACGGGCCGCUGUGGAGCUGGCCGAGUUCCUGUCGCCCAAAGUCAUCAGGAAUGGAGAGGAGCAAGGGAGACUAUCUGGCUCCCUGGCCUGGCGAUUGGCAAGGGGUGAGACACAGGGUGACACAAGGAGUGACGCUCAGCCUGGGGGAGAGACGGAGGGGGCUGCUGCAGGGGAGUCAGAGUCUCAGGGUUUCGUCUUCACACUGACAUCUGGGGAAAUUGCAUCCAAGUGCAUCCACAUCAAAUACUGCACAGCCUCUGACAAGUACAUCCGGGUAUCGGAUGACAACAAGCAGACAGCAGAUUACCGGAGUUGCCUGUACCGGAGCAACAACAUCUACCGCAAAGAGGAAUAUGAUUGGAAUAUGGUGUAUCUGGCCAGAGACGGGGGUGAUCGAGAGGGCCACAUAGAGUGGCGCUUUGACUUCCGAGACACUGGGCUGGUCGUUGAUCAAGUAACACUCGUCGCUUCGGCCAAACUGUAUCAGAACGGUCAAGUCAAGUGGAGUUGUGGUCCUCAACAUCAGAUGGAUACUUCGUUACCUGUCAAUGAAGGACUGGUAGAGAGAGUGUUGAGGGGCAACAACAUCACUGGUCAGAGCGAGUUCAAUUUAACCGCUGAUCUGUCAGGGGGCCAGGGAGACGUCUCCUACCAACACGCGCAGCUGUUUCGUAUCGGGCUGGAGGACUAUGACAAGUAUCCGUUGGAUAUUAAGAUCCGACUGAAGAAGAAGGACUAGCCAUGUGUGAGGUCUUGAGGGCGUUUCUGAUGAUGGUUGAUUUUUCUGGUGCCCUGGAAACUUGCUGAAGGUCUCAAACAUUGGAACGGGG